GCAAAAUCCCUGCCUCUCUUUCCAGAGAGAGGAGAGAGAGAUUCUGUUGGAUUCUGUUUUCCGAGUUAGUUAGUUAUUAUUGCUCCUCCCAAUAAAAAUUAAAAUCUCCCAUUUCCCAUUUCCCAAAUCCCAACCAAACUCUCCCUCUCUCUCUCUCUCUCUCUCUUUUAUCUUUACUGAUCCAAUCACAAAAAUCCCAAUUUCAAAUCCACCCAAAUUCUCCGACUAUGGGUUUCAAAUCCCUCUUCUCCCGGAAGAAGAAAUCCACUCCCUCCAGCGCCGGCGCCGCUCAGCCGGCGGUGAUGCGGUCACCGUCGUUCAACACGCGGGCGCAGAUCGCCGAGCUGGAGCAGGUCUUCAAGAAAUUCGACGUCAACGGCGACGGCAAGAUCUCGUCGUCGGAGCUCGGCGCGAUCAUGGGCAGCCUGGGCCACCCGGCGACGGAGGACGAGCUCCGGUCCAUGAUCCUCGAGGUCGACGCCGACGGCGACGGCUUCAUCGACUUCAAGGAGUUCGUGGAGCUCAACACCAACGGGAUCGACUCCGCCGAGGCGUUGCAGAAUCUCAAGGACGCCUUCUCCGUCUACGACAUCGACGGCAACGGCUCGAUCUCCGCGGAGGAGCUUUUCGAGGUGCUGAGGAGCUUGGGCGACGAGUGCUCGAUCGGCGAGUGCCGGAAAAUGAUCAGCGGCGUCGAUGCCAACGGCGACGGUAUGAUCAAUUUUGAGGAGUUUAAAGAAAUGAUGAUGAUGGGGUCGCGUUAUGAGAAUAAUGCUCAACCUCAACCUGUUGGUAAUUGAAACAAAAAUCAGAGAUUGAUUCAGUUUUUUAAUCCAAUUUGAGCCAAAAAUCAGCAAUCAAAGAAUUCAGAUUUUUGAGUCAUUGUUCAUCUCUGUCGAUCAUUGUUUAGAAGAAUUUAGACUACGCUUUCUUCAUUUGUUAGGGUUUUUUUUUCCUCUGGGUAUAUGCAUGAUUUGAUGAUCAUCAUAUUAACAUUUCCAUCUUUGUAUAAUGAUUCCGAUCUAAUUGGCAUUCAAAGACUUCAGCCUGUAA